UCCACAACACAAUCCACACUCACAACCCAUCAUCUUCGGAAGGCGGCCAAAGAAUCGGCAAGCGAAUCUGUGUUUGAGUUUGGCCAAAUUAAUGCGAUUUUCGGGCGUCAUUUGUUGAACUUUAGUGCGAAAACUGCUGCCGCCUUGGAAUGUCGAAAUUUGUGACGGAGGACGACGUCGCUGUUGGAUAUGCUUCGGAGCAGGACGAGUAUGAUUCCGAGCACGUUCGGGACAUAAUUUUGGCGGCGGAACCGGCCGAAAUUUACGUGGGGAACACGGGUGAGGUGUCGGCGAGUAAAUUCUUCAAGGAGUUCAAGUAUUUUGGGUACAUCACGGACAUGCAUCUGUGGCGGACGCACAAUCAGCUUUAUCACGCGAGAAUCUGCUACAAGACGCUGGUCCAAGCGCAGAAGGCGAUCGACGAGAAGGACGGCAAGAUUUACAACGGGAAGCGGCUGCGGGUGUCGCUGGUGAGCACUCGCACCAAGCUGGACUAUCCGGCGGCGAUCCGGAUCGACGAUAUCUGCGAGGGCUGUCCGGAGGAGGAGAUUUAUGACCACUUUUCCACGUGCGGACCGAUCAAGUUCGUGAUCAAUGUGGGGUGCGCCGCGUACGUGCACUUUGAGUCCGGGAAGGCGGCUUCGCUGGCGCUGCAGCAGGAGAAGAUCCUGAACGGGGACCCGUACAGCAUUACGAGGAUCUUUGGGGACGACAGGAAGGAUCACAUCCAGGUGAUUGAAAACAUGAAGGACAUCAAGUACCGCAAGCCGUUCGUGAUGGUGGAGAACUUCCCACAGUACCCCAAGGGCACAUCGCUGAGCCAGUACAAGGCUAACUUUGCGUCGAUCGGGCCGGUGCGCCACUUUAAGAUUGCUCCGACGAAGAACGACACGGUCACGCUGGCGUUGUGUAUGGAACGAGCCGACGAUCGGGAGUUGGCCAUCGACCGGUUCAACGAUAAGAAUGUGCGCGGCAAACAGCUCAAGAUGUACAUGGCCCCGGGAAAGGCGCGAAUGACGAUCGACCACGCGGCGACGUUCGCGUCCUGCAAGGCGACUGUGGUCGUCGAUGGGAUUCCGCCGUAUUACAAGGACUACGACGUGUGUCGGAUGUUUCGGCGGUGCGGCGAGAUCAACUUUGCCGAGCGGUUCAACAACAAGUGGAUGAUCUGCUUCGAGGGAUCGCCGGCCGUUUCCUUGGCUCACUUUUACCACUUUAUCAUCAACAAGCAGCGGUUGGUGAUCCAGAAUCUGACCCCGGGAACACUGCCGGUCAAGACUACGGUUCAACUGUUAGAUUAUGAGGCUCCCAAGGAGAAGGUCGAAGAACGCAGGACAAAGUGGACACCGCACAGUGGACGUGCCGACGAUUUCAUUCGCGAGUCUAUGCGAACGUUCGACAAAAAGUUCAAAGAGACUACAAAGCCGCAAGUUACCUCCGCCACGCAGCCGCGAACCGUAACCGAUGCCGCCAGCAAGAACAAAACGCUCUCCGCACAGGCCAAACAGAUUGCGACCAUGUUCAAGCAGCAGGGCAGCAUCGAAGUGGUGAAGAGCACUCCGGUCCAGUCGGUUUCGCCGACACCGGUCGCGCAGAAGCGUCCCGCUAACAAUCCUACCUUUUCGACCGGAGCGGGUCGCACCCGGAACGACAGCCAGAGCAGCAGUUCGGUCGCGAUGACCGGCGCCGCCGCCAGCGAAGAGCGGGAAAAGGACACCAAGUUCGCGAUCCACCUGGGCAAUCUGCCCAAGGGUCUCGAGGAGAGCGACCUGCGCGAGCUGUUCAAGGGCCACGCGGUUCAGAACAUAAUUCAGCGGUGCGCGCGCGAUUCGUACCACCCGACGGCCGAGGCGUACGUGUGCUUCAGCAGCAAGGAAUCGAUGAUCAAGGCGAUCGCGAACCAUCACAACCGGUACCGCGGCAAGCGGGUCAUGAUCACGCGCAACCACGUCACCCAGUUCUUUAAGCCGGAAACGGCCGUGAUCGUGAAAAACUUGACGCCCAAUGUUGACGCGGAAGGCGUUCUCGACGAGGUGGAGAAGGUCAUCGGCGCCGGCAAGGUUGAAGACGUGCUCAAACCAGCCCAUCACUACGCUUACGUCGACUUUGCCGACGGUUUGCAGACGAAGGUGGUGAUCGGCCGUCUGCGGGAGGCUUUCACGCGCUACAAGAUCGACGUGUUCCCGCUGUACCGGAUUAUCCCGAAACGAACCAUGCACUACAAACCCAACUACAGCAGAACUCUGGAGGAGAUGCGUGCGGCGUACCAGCUGCUUUCCCCAAGCCAGGUCACCUUCAAGGAGAAGAACUUUGGCGUUCACAACGCGCACAAGUUGUUCGUUGGCAACAUCCCGCGGGACACGCAAGCGGACGACAUCAUCGACUACUUCAACAACUUUGGCAAUGUGAUCGACUACAAGCCGAUCGAGAAGAAGAGUUGCUACCUUCGCAAGUCGGUCAUCCUCAGCUUUGAAAACUCGAAGCACGCGGAAAAUGCCUACACACACAACGGCCACUUCUUCGAGGGUUCCCAGCUGGACGUUCACCUGAUGGACAUGCCCCCGUUGCAGUUUGAGCCAAACGCACUGGUCAUCACCGCCAAAUUCCACAGUCCCUUCCUCACCGUCGACGAAAUCCGGAACGCGGUGCGCGUGCACGUCAUGGUUCUGUACACGCUACGGUUCGACGCGUACGACGACCGGGCCAACGUCGUCAUCAAGUACAGCCCGAAGCGGGGCGAGACCACGCUCGAGGAGCUCUUCCAGCUCACGCAGAUCAACGACGAACCGGUGCUGUUUGUCGAGGGCGUUGACCUGAACCCACCCGAGCCGAACGAAGCGCGCGAGAGCAGGAACAUUUACAACUCGCCCUUCCGCAAUUACAAGGAAACCUACCUGAGCUACGUCGUGUACAAGGAGAACUUGAAAGAGGAUCUAGAGAUUCGCACGCGGACGAACAGCGAGCAGAACGUGCCGCUCAAGGCGUUCUACAAUGACAACUCGGUGCAAAUCAACAACGUCUCGGUGGACACCUCGCUGGAAGAUUUGCGCGACCUGCUGCUCAAGUGCGGCAACAUCACCGACUACCAGGCGUUGAUCCUCGAGGAGGACGCCACCAAGAUUUGCUACGUCAAGUUCGACACGGAUCUGGCGGCGGACCUGGCCUGUACUUACAACCAGCGGAUGCUGGACGGCAAGCGGCUGCUCGUUCACCUGGUCAAGGAAACGGUCAACGUGGAGCGCGAUCGAUCGAUUUGCGUGGAACGGCUCAACCCCAACACGACGGCCGAGCAGCUGUACGACGCGUUCUCGCCGAUCGGCGUCAUCAAGUACGUCCAAAAGCAGUCUCCCUUUUCGGCGAUCGUUUGCUUUAAGGACCAGGACAGUAUGAUCGAGGCGGUCAACGUGAGCGUAAUUCCAAACUCGGGCGCGUUCAUCAUCAAUCCGUGCUACGACGAUUACGAUUCGCGUUUCUACAACAAUUUCUGUGUCAAGGAGGAGUUCAUCUCGAUCGAGCGCAUCAGGUCGGCGUUAAAGCCCCGCGCGCGGCCCGAGUUCCACCAGUGCGAGGUGGAAAAGCAGCAGUUCGAAAAUCUUCCCGAGGCCGUCAAGGCCGAACUGAUGAACGAGGUAUUCCUGGCCCGCGUCAACAUUCCCGAGUUCGACAAGAAGAGCAAAUCAGAGCAGAUCUUCGCUCUCAAGGGUGAAAACUUCUCACACAAGGAGUUCUUCCUUCGGCUGAACGUACAAGAGCAGGAAAAGCUGCUGGACAUCACCGAGGUGCUGGCGAAAGAGUACCCGUACGACGAGGUGAAAGGAAUGCAGCUGUUUCCAUCGCAAGCCAAGAAAGCUCGACCGAAUCAACCAGCCAACACAAAACCGGACAAAAAGUUCGCCGACAACUGGUACUCAGCUCCGGCCGUCAACGACCCCGUAGAAGUUCCAGACGAAACCUCAGAGGAUCAGCAAGAAACCCCAAGCCCCGAGGACGGCCCCUUAAAUGCACAGCACGUGGCGCAAGUGCUACCCUCCAGCGGACUGUUAGGACUAGGAAGCAAUCCCCCCCUCACCGGUUGCCCCCCGCCGAUGGGUUGCCCACCCCCAAUGGGCUGUCCAGCCCCAGUCUACCCACCCUCGAACCAACCACCGCCUCAGAUGGGACUCCUCGGUUCGAUGUACGGAGGAAUGGGAAUGGGCGGACUCAUGGGUGGACCACCCCCGGGUAUGGGCAUGAACAUGUACGGCAACAAUGGUCCGGCGAUGCCGCCGAUGCAACAGCCCAUGGGUAUGCAACCGGCGCGCGGCAGUCUCAGCAGUCACUGGGCGGAGCGAGCUUCGAUGGCGUACAACGCUGGCCCGAGCGGAAUGAACAACAACCAGCAGCAACCGCCCUAUUAUUAAGAUUAUGUUACGAGAGAUGAACCACUAAACCGGUGCGUUAAAAUUCAGAACCUAUGACAAAUGUGAAGGAGAUGAUUCUGGCAAUACAAAGAUUUUGUAACUGAACAGAGGAAAA